AGUGAGAGACGCGGCCAGGAGGAGACGCUCAGACAGUUAGUAUGCCUCGAGCGGUUGCCAUGGUGACGCGGCUUGCUCUCGCGACGUCACUUCCGGUCCCGUCAAGGCGCCAGUGAACCGGGCGGAAGUUCUGAGCAGGCGGCCGGAGAGUAACGCUGCAGCAUGUGAUUGAAUGGGGUCAGGGGAACAGGGUGGAAGUGACUGUCGGUGAGUGAGAGACAGGCUGCAAUACAGUGACACUGAGUAUAGGUCUGCUGGGACGGAGACACAGGAGGAACACUGACACAUCUGAAAGGAGAAGGUCAUGAUGGCUCCGAUUCCAAAGAUGGCCGCCCCCGUCUGUCUAAUUGAGAAUCCUGCUGGUAAGAAGUUGUCUGUGAAUCCUGAAGCCUUAAAGAUACUGGAGAGGAUUUCCCAGCCACUGGUUGUGGUGUCCAUCAUAGGACCUUACCGGUCUGGAAAGUCUUUCCUGAUGAACACGUUAUCAGGGCACCGGAGAGGUGGCUUCUCUUUGGGACACACAGUUAAAGCAAAUACUAAAGGCAUCUGGAUGCAAUCAGUUCCUCACCCCAAACAGCGAGGCCACACCCUGAUCCUGCUGGACACAGAAGGCCUGGGCGAUGUGGAGAAGGGAGACAAGCAGAAUGACCGAGUUAUCAUGUCUCUAGCAUUGCUCAUGAGUAGCGCUGUCAUCUAUAACAGCAGAGAUGUAAUAAACCAGGACGCCGUGGAGAAGCUACACGCUGUUACUGAGCUACAUCAGCGCAUUAUGCAAAAUGCGCAGGAGGAGGAGGAUGUUGGUCAGGAGGAUUCAGAAGACGGGAUGGCCCCACACUUUGUCUGGGUUGUGCGAGACUUUACUCUGAAAUCAGAGCUGGGAGGCCGCGCAGUCAGCGCUGAUGAGUAUCUGGAGGAUUGUCUGAAGGAUAUACCGUCUGUUAAAACCCUGAAGGCACACAGCAAAAAUGAGAUGCGGGCGACCAUCAGAUCCCAUUUCCCCAAGCGCAAAUGUUUCUUAUUUGAGCUCCCUUCCCCGGACGAAGAAGUUCUGAAUCGCAUGGACCGCGUGCCUGACACCCAGCUCCAACCAGGGUUUCUCAAAGAGACAAAGAACUUCUGCCAAUUCAUUCUCGAGGAAGUGCCGGCAAAACCAUUAAGACCAGGAGAACCCAUCACCGGACCCACUUUCGCACAGCUGAUGCAGUCGUACAUUAAUGUUGUGACUACAGGUGACAUUACCUGUCUGGAACAAUCUAAGUCACAGCUGUCGCUGGAGAAGAAUACGAAGGCAUUACAAAGAUCUUCUGAGCUCUAUAACAAUAGGAUGAGGGAUCAAUUUGUUAACACGGAGCUAGAAUUCCGUCAGUUACAUGAAGCGUCAGUAGAGGGAGCUGUUCAGGAGUUCAAGAAUCUGUACGUGAAACAUGAGAAGACUCUACCUGCAUAUGAGGAGCAGCUCAAGGACGACCUGGUGAAACUAAGAGACGAGAUUUGGAAGAACUGUGAAGAUUCCUCCAGGAUGAAAUGCAAAGCUGUCAUUGAGAAGCUGAAGUCCGGCGUGGACCAGUGUAUAAAGGAUCGGAAAUACCACGUUGCUGAAGGGCACAGCAAAUUCAUCGCAGACAAGGACCGAAUAGUACAGAAAUAUAACCAAGAACCCGACAAAGGCGUAAAGGCUGAAGACGUUCUUCAGGAGUAUUUGAAGGAGUUAGAGGGCGUAGAAACUAUAAUCCUACAGACAGACAAAGCUUUGUCAGCUAACAAGCCCAAACUGACCAAAGUGACCAACCCAUCUGACUGCGCACAGCUCACUCAGUAUAUUCAGGGCUACCAGCUGCCCACUGGGCGCUUCCACCGGGUGCUCAUACAACUCUUCGGCUUCGCCGGCCAUGGGAAGUCCUCUUUUGUAAACUCCUGCCUCUAUGUGGGGAACCACAACAACUACCAAGACCAGGCAGGAGAGGCCACUUCAUAUGGAGGGAAAACCAUGGACAGGAGAGGGUACAAGCUGACGGAGAGUAUCACCAUCGUGGACAACCGUGGAUUCGGCAAGUUGGACUCCCCAGAAACCUGGGAAAUCUAUGCUCAGCUCUGUAAUUUUGUGCCUUUAGAUGAGAUUGUUUUGUGGAACAAGAACCUAAAUGAAAGGAUUGAAGUGUUGACAAAGGGAGAUAAUGAGAAAAGCCCUGAUGUGAUAGUGCCCGCUCUUGUAUACAGUUCAGAACAAUCCCUCAAUGAUCAGGAAUAUGAAAGCAUCAAAGAGUUCCUAAAAAAUGCCCAAAAACUGACCGGAAUUCUGCCCUUCAUCAUCCUCAGCAAGAGCACGAGCGGAGCUGCAUCCCGUUUACAGGAAAAGUUCACCCAGAUGGGGAUGGAGAACAUCUACCCUGUAGAAAACUAUCUCCAGUCUGAUCCCGUGGCCCUGCGGGGGAAACAUCUAAAUUUUCUGACUUUUCUCAAAGACGUGCUGGACUGUGUGGACUUCCACCUGCAGCAGUCCGCACGCUUCCAGAAUCAGCGCCAAGAUUGGGUGCGCUUCCUUAUGAACAUGGCCGGUAACAUGUAAUCUGACUAGCUGUGAGGGUUUCAGAAUAAUAUCACAUUUAUAUGUAGAGGACUCUUUAUUAUGUUAGGAACAACCAGCUUUCAGAGACCCGUUCUACAGAACACAGUAUUGAUGUAUUUGUACACUUUGGGGAUACAUGUGUGACUCUUACCGUAUUGUAACUUAAUAUUAAAAAAGUAUCCAAAAAUA